UUCAGCCCUCUGCCUCGGGGCUUUCCCUCACGCUCAGCACACUCAUACCUGCAUUUGAAUGUGCCCUCCUCUUUUUUAUCACCCCUUUCUUGGUUUCCAUGGGUAAGAUCCAUUUUUCUUCUCUUUAGAGGAUAAGCUGCACAAACCUUUUUUGCUCACUUUUUUCCAUUUACCUCUACAAAGAGCAGUUGGAUGCAGCUCCUUUAGAGCAACUUUGGACUAGAGCGGGACCUCCGGCACUGAGCUGAAUAAGGAUAAGACGGGGGUAUUUGGGGGGAAAAGGAGGAAGGAGCCAUGAGUGUGAAAAAGGAAGACGUGGAGAAGUUCCUCAAUGGGAAUCCUGCAUUUGCUAAACAGUACUUUGCCAAGACGAUGAGCUCUGCCUCUAUAGCGAAGGUAUCAGGACUCUCUGAGAAGCAGAUUGAUUUCAGUCAGUUCCAGGAGCUCAGUCAGGUUGAGGAAAGCCAAAUCAUGUAUGAGUUGAUCAAAGACAUGCAGGAGAACAUCAACGUGGAAAAGGUGGUCUUCAAGAUCCUGAAAAGGAUCAGUGCUCUCAUCCACGCCGACCGCUGCAGCCUGUUCAUUUACAGGCAGCGGAACGGCAUCGGAGAGCUCGCAACCAGGCUUUUCAACAUCAACGCGGAGGCAGAGCUGGACGACUGCGUGGUGCCGCCGGACUCUGAGAUCGUCUAUCCCCUGGACUUGGGAAUAGUCGGCCAUGUGGCCCUGACCAAGAAGAAUGUGAAUGUGAAGGAUGUAAAAGAGGACCAGUAUUUCAGCUCAUUUGUGGAUGAACUCACAGAAUAUGAGACCAAGAAUGUUCUGGCUGCGCCCAUCCUCAACGGCAAAGACCUGGUGGCAGUGAUCAUGGCUCUAAAUAAAAGAACAGGGCCACAUUUCACUGCUGAGGAUGAAGAUCUUUUUUUAAAGUAUCUGAAAAUCGCCACAUUGAACUUGAAGAUCUACCAUCUGAGUUACCUCCACAGCUGUGAGACACGUAAAGGAAUGCUGCUGCUGUGGUCGGCCAACAAGGUGUUUGAAGAGCUGACAGACAUUGAGCGACAGUUUCACAAAGCCUUGUACACAGUCCGAGCCUACCUCAACUGUGACCGCUACUCCGUCGGCUUACUGGACAUGACGAAGGAAAAGGAGUUUUUUGACAUCUGGCCAGUGUUGAUGGGAGAACAGCCACCUUAUGCUGGCCCUGUAACUCCAGACGGACGGGAGGUCAUUUUCUACAAAGUAAUUGAUUAUAUAUUACAUGGAAAAGAAGACAUCAAAGUAAUACCAAAUCCAGCAGCAGAUCACUGGGCCUUGAGCAGUGGCCUACCAACUUACGUUGCAGAGACUGGUUUUAUUUGUAACAUCAUGAAUGCAGCUUCUGACGAGACGUUCAGUUUUCAGACUGAGCCACUUGACAGCAGCGGGUGGACCAUAAAGAAUGUUCUCUCGCUGCCAAUUGUCAACAAAAAAGAAGAGAUAGUGGGUGUGGCCACCUUUUACAACAGAAAGGACGGAAAGCCUUUCGACGAUCAGGAUGAGCAGCUCAUGGAGGCUCUGACCCAGUUCUUGGGCUGGUCGGCUCUGAACACCGACACUUACGACAAAAUGAACAGACUUGAGAAUCGGAAAGACAUCGCUCAGGAUAUGGUGCUGUACCAUGUCAGAUGUCGGGAUGAUGAGAUACAGAACAUCCUGAACACCAGAGAGGUCUACGACCGUGAACCCAAAGACUGUGAAGAGGACGAGCUCCUCAGCAUCCUGAAAAAAGACCUACCUCCACUGAUCAACAAGUAUGAGAUCUACCAGUUCCACUUUUCGGAUUUCAAAUGCACAGAAAUGGAUCUGGUGAAGUGCGGGAUCCAGAUGUACUAUGAGGUUGGGGUGGUCAAGAAGUUCCAGAUCCCUCAAGAGGUGCUGGUUCGGUUCAUGUACUCAGUCAGUAAAGGCUACAGACGAAUCACCUACCACAACUGGCGCCAUGGCUUCAACGUGGGACAGACUAUGUUUACAUUAUUAACGACGGGAGUGCUGAAGAGAUACUACACUGACCUGGAGGUAAUGGCCAUGAUAACCGCAGGCUUCUUGCACGAUAUUGAUCACAGAGGGACAAACAACUUGUACCAAGUCAAAUCUGGAAACCCUCUGGCUAAACUACAUGGCUCCUCCAUCAUGGAACGACACCAUCUAGAGUUUGGAAAGUUUCUCUUGGCUGAUGAGACACUGAAUAUCUACCAGAACCUGAACAGGCGACAGGUGGAACACGUCAUUCAUCUCACGGACAUUGCCAUCAUCGCCACUGACCUGGCUCUUUAUUUCAAGAAAAGAACCAUGUUCCAGAAGAUUGUGGACCUUUCAAAAACAUAUGAGGAAGAGAAGAAGUGGGUUGACUUCAUGUCUCUAGAAACAACCAGGAAAGAGAUCGUCAUGGCUAUGAUGAUGACCGCAUGUGACUUGUCUGCUAUCACAAAGCCUUGGGAGGUGCAGAGCAAGGUUGCCUUGUCUGUAGCGGCAGAGUUUUGGGAGCAGGGUGACUUGGAGAGGACAGUGCUGGAACAGCAGCCUAUUCCCAUGAUGGACAGGAACAAAGCAGAUGACCUUCCAAAGCUACAAUGUGGUUUCAUUGACUUUGUCUGCACCUUCGUCUAUAAGGAGUUCUCCCGCUUCCAUCCACAAAUCCAGCCCAUGCUGGAUGGCAUCCUCAAUAACAGGAAGGAGUGGAAUGCCAAGAAAGAAGAGUAUGAAGCUAAACUCAAAGCUAUAGAGGAACAGACGGCUGCUAAAGACACAACUGCUGCAAGUAAAGCUGCUGCAAACAACCCUGGUGGUGGAGGCUCCAAAACCUGCUCAGUGUGCUAGAAUGUGAGAAAAAAAGCUGUGUCCACGUUGGAGUGAGCACGGACUGACCUCAGAAUUGCAGCCAGUGAGGAGAUUAUCAUCACCAAGGAGAUAAUUGUUAUAUUUUAAAAGGACAAUAAGCAGGUGAGCCAUGAAUAAAUAAAUACAUCAGGGAAUAACACGGUGGAUUUUGAUUUGCAUCAGUUUCCUGAUGUUUGAGGAUUCACUAUGAAUCCUGUGAAGGUGAACGUUCUAAACAAGUGUGCUGCGACGUUCUUUUAAGGCAAAGUCAUCAUUCUAGGCUGAUGUCAUAUUCGUUUGAAAUAUUAUGUAAAUUGUACAUUAAUGUCAUAUUCAAUUUAGUGUUUCUGGAUGUGAAUUCAGACAGUAAGUAGAUAGGACUGUUACUGAACCACUGUACAUGUUCUCCAAAAGUGAUAAAGUCAUGUUACUACUUCCAGUCACUCCACAUUUACACAUGAGAGUUUGUUUACCUCGAUAGCAGAGAGCCAAAAGUAGAUGACGACAAGCUCAGGGCUGUUUAUAAUUCCUUCUUCUUUUUUUUUUUGCUUCAAAUUUCUUAAAAAUGUGUAGGGACAAUGAGAUGCCGUUAAAGAAAUGUACCUUUAACGUGUGUAAUCAGGCCUGUAGUUGCUUACUCAUGAUGCCUUCUUACUGUACAUACAUCUGACAGAGUAGCUGAUAAUGUUGAGGAAAAUUAAGUAUGAAUAAGUCGUUAAGUUGAUAAGCAUAAACCAGUAUCUAAGUUGUUGUUCUUCAUUAAUUAAAAAAAACAAAAAAAAAAUAGUUAUUAACCCCUUAUAGAAAUGUCUUAAUUAGGAGCAGGGGUCAAACAUAGUGCUCUCCUCCUGAGAACUAAC